GCAAACCCAAAGUGAUGAUAAAGUUUCAACUCCUCCAAGACUGUGCACUGUCACACUGGUUGGGAAAAAUUCAACAGUAGGGUCUGACACGGUUUGUGAAGUUGUAUUCAAAGAGUUAUAGCGAGUGCCAAGUGCCAGUGUGCUCUAUUUCCAGCCAAGCAAUGGAGCGGACAACGGCGACGGGGCCGAUGCAACACUCUUCAACUAGACUCCUCUGCACUCGGGAACGAUUCCGUCGUGAGGGAAAGGAGACGCGCAGUGGUCUUUUUCAGAGCUCUCUUCUCCUAUCCCCGCAAGACCUGCUUCGCCUGCCCCGUUCUCACCCUGCCAGGGGUGCCCCAUCUUUGAGUCCCCAUCUUUGAGUCCCAGAGAUUUCUGACCGAAUGAGUAGAAAUAGAGACGCGUUUCAUUCAGAGGUGAAACCACUUCACGGUGGCGUUCUUGUCAAGACUCUGUUGAUAGAUUUGAUGCAGCUUUUGCUUUUCAAGGUCACCAAUGC